CAAAUCUUGAGUGGGAAAAAGAGCAUGUGCUUUUAAAAGAAAGACCAAAGCAGCCACUGACUUGAAUGCAAACUUCUGUUUAAAGCUUUCUGUGAAAUGACAUAUUUUAGGUGACGCUGCUCAUCAGCUGUUUGUUGGAGACCACUGCAUUUCCUACUCCUGGCUGCUGUGGAGGAGAUGAUCUUGGCUGCAUCCACCUUCCCCCCCCCACGCGAAUGGCUGUCACACUUUAGGCUCCCCCUCCUCUCCCUUUCUCUCCUCUUGUGCUCUCACUCCUCUGCCUGCAAGCACCUCCAUACUGUCCUCAGGCUUACCUGAGCCACCACUGCAGAAACACUGGAUUCCCUCCUUCACACACACACACUUUCUCCUCCUCCUCCUCCUCCUCCUCUUAACACAUAGUUUUUUACCUGGAGAGGGCAGGCACAAGGGACGGCAUGUGCAACAGCCGCAGCAGAAACCUCUCCUCACAUCAAACGCUGCUUCUCUGAGUUUCCUCUGUCUGGAGAGAAGAGGGGAACUCUAAAUUUUGGAUCAUUGUCUUUUAGCCGUAGUUGGAGAGACGGGUGCAGUGAGGGAACACUUGUCUAUCCAGAGACACCAAAGGCAACACACACACAGCAUGAUUUUGGGAAGUAUCAACAGGGCUGGUGCAGCAGUGCCAACAUUCCUCCGGACCCCCACGGUGAUCCAGCCCCUCCUGGACAUGAAGCCGUUCCUGCAGUUCCCCAUGGAAACGCCUCCUCCUCCACACAGCAUGAACCUCUUCCACAACUUCAACACAAUGGACCCUGUGCAGAAAGCUGUCAUCAACCACACCUUUGGAGUUCCUCUGGUAAAGACCAAACGACCCGUCAUCUCUUGCAACGUCUGCCAGAUCCGCUUCAACUCUGAGAGCCAGGCAGAGGCCCACUACAAAGGAAACCGCCAUGCCAGGAGAGUGAAAGGCAUCGAGACCUCCAAGAGCCGUCCGCAAGAGAGGGACAAGCUUCACAGUCUACCCCCCACUUCAUCCCCAUCUCCCCCUGGAGCCCCUGGAAGUGCUACAGACAGUGAACCCAGCAAAGGGGACGAAGUACAGUCUUUAUCACACAUAAAUGGGUCCCUACUGACUUCAGGAGCCCUUUCUUCAUUACCAGCCUCACCCACUCCACCCAUGGACUCCCCUGUGCCAUCAGUGUGUUCUCUCCUUCCGGCGCCCACUCCACCCCUGAACCCUCCGUCCUCCUCCUCCCCAAACUGUGGCAGCAGCAGCACUAGUUCUGAUCAGCCAGGAUCUGGACCUGUGGUUGCAGCCGCUGCUGGCACCCCGACCUCCAGCAGCCCGUCUAACCCAGAAACAGAGGACGACAAAGCCAAGAAGCUGCUGUACUGCUCGCUGUGCAAAGUGGCUGUCAACUCCUUGUCACAGCUUGAAGCCCACAAUAAAGGUACUAAACACAAAACUAUCUUGGAGGCACGGAGUGGGCUGGGCCCCAUUAAGGCAUACCCUCGCCUAGGCCCCAAGCCUAAUGGAGAGCAGGGAGGGGGGCCAGUGGACCCCAACACUCAGGAAAGAACCUUCCACUGUGAAAUCUGCAAUGUUCGGGUGAAUUCUGAACUACAACUCAAACAGCACAUAUCAAGUCGACGGCAUCGGGAUGGUAUGGCGGGAAAGCCUAACCCCCUCCUCAGCCGACACAAGAAGCACAGGGGAGCUGAUCUGACGUCUUCUUUGAACUUCUCCAAGGAUCUCACCAAAGCUUUGGGUGCAGGGCUGUUGCCCAACCCUUUGGCUGUUGCAGCCGCAAUGGCUGCUGCAGCAUCCUCAAAUCAGCUGGCUAUGCGUGCAGCUGCUCCUGGGCACCAUCCGCACCCUCAUCACCUCUUACAAGGCCACCAUCUGAGCCACGCUAUCCUGAGACCGGCCCCCGGGCCGAUCCGCACCACCCAUGGGCCGAUCCUCUUUUCUCCCUACUGAAACCUCACCGUGGGAUUUUAGCCAGUCAGGAACAUCCACUCCAAAAGCACACUGUGAAGCUACAAAAUGAUCAACAAACAGCAACUGACAGGUGGAAAACAAUAAAAAAUACUAUCAUUUUCAAAACGAGGGAAAGCAGCAAUGAAAGGAGUGUUACACCCCUUUUUCCCUUUACCUGAAACUCUCCAUUCACUCUGUAUUUUUCAAAAACAAUUUUAGGAUCUGCAGGUGGAACAAAUGGAGAGAUAAAAUACUUAUGCAUUGAACUCCCUUUUGCUUUUCUCACUUCCUUGGGUGUACCCUUGAACUGUGUUCCGAAGAAAUACGACAGACCUUUCUUGAAACUUCAAACCACGCAUAGUGCAGCAACAUUGCUAAUCCGGGCCAGGCUGCUUUCCUCUGUCACCACGACAUCAGCGUGUUCUCGUCCUAUGCACAUCAAAAAUCAAGACAGUGAUGUUUUGUCAGUAGGGUAGCAGCUUUCAUCGGUAUUUGUAUGCGCCACAUGCAGCUGAGGCAGCCUCCACGGUACUGUACAUGUCCUGCUCCAGAGGUCAGCUGCUCUUCCAUUUGUGAGACUACAUUGCGAAAUGCAGCAUGACUUUGGCUGACGAGCAGGUGGUACUCAUGUCUGACAGGAUGGUUAUGAGAGCAGAACAACGACUGGGGGGGGUUACAGUCCUUUAUCAUUUCCGGAGAGGUGAGGUGAGAGAAUGACUGGCAUGGGUCAGUGGAUGGAUUGACCACAGGCAGCAUGCAGUCCUGAGCUAGUCUGCUAUUUAAAAUAGACUGUACCAACAAAAGCCUGCUGGAGGGCGUAUCUGCCAACCUCCAUAACAGUCAGUCUGGGCUCAGCUAAUUCAAAAGGGGAUGAAGAAGCAGCAGAAAUCAGUUACUGGUUACACUCUAUGCUUCUGUAUUUAUAAACUGGUUUUAAUGUUUAGAUUUAUUCCUUUUUCAGUGAACAAAUUCUCUAUUAAAGUGCAACCAAGCACGGCAAUAUAGAGGGCAUGGGUAAUCUCUUUGCAAUGUCAAACAGAGUUGACAUCCUCACCUCGUCUUGGUCUUCAUUUUCAGGCUCAUUCACUCUGUAGAUGUGCAGGUAUGACUUAGAUGUGACCCUGUGUUCCGAUGGAUCUUCUUUUCCAUACAUCUUCCUAAUAAGGCUCUGCAGGAACAGGAUUUUGCAUCACUGUGUUGACCCCUCCCAUUCUUGUGCAGCCCUCCUACUCCUCACCUAACUGGCAUCCAAAGGUCAUUUAAGUCAAUUAUAGAAAGGCAAAUGUGGCAACUGGCAGAACAUAACAGUGAAAGAAAACAAAUUGUAUCAAGGGAGAUGAAAGCCAAAUAGAUUCUAAGAAAAAUGAUCUUGAGCUGGAGCGACAACCGAGCCAGAAGCCAAGGGGAAGCCACCCCGAGUGGGAGCCGAGACGCCAAGCUCAGAGCAUCUCUUAUUACUUCCUGUCUUACAACUGAAAGCCAUGAAAUGCACCAUGAUUUGUUUUAGCUUUACAAAGAAUGGUAAGCACUUUGUUUUUAUUGGUUUGGACUGUUGGUCUGUGUUUAUAUCACACAUAAAAUUAGCAAAAAUAAUAAAUACAUGAAUAUUUUUGUAGGUAGCAAAUAUUAUUGUCAUCCAUGAAAAUAAUUAAAAAGUGGGGGGUGGGGGGGGGGGGUGGAAUGAUUGUUAUGUGCUCUGUAAGUAAUCCAGACAGAUUGUUAAACAUUGGAGAGCCACAGAAACUAUCUUGACUGACAGCUUGACAUAACAACCCCUUCCUGAAAAGGUGUACACUGUGCCCUUUCAUUGAGAAGCAAUGAGCUCUUAUGUCUUACCUUUGUUUGAAUAUUGCAAUGCAAUGAGCAAUUUUUAUCAGAGUGACUUGUUAUCAUUGUGACAUGUUGUGACAUGUUGUCUGGAGUCAUGUGUAAACCUGGAGCAUGCCAGCAGACAGACUUUUCCGUUCUUCCAUGGGGAGUUCAAGUCCUCCAGAGGGUUGAGGGUGGGGGGGUGAAGCAGCAGAUGGAGGGCUAGCUCGACACAGGGACCGACCCUUCAUAUUAAAGGGCCUUUUAACAAUGGGAAUCUCUGCUUGGGGAACAGGGUACAAAAAACAUGCAUCAAGGGAUCUGAGGCAGAUGACCUGUUCAACAGGAUCAAUUUUGUUUGCAUUUGUUUGUUUGUUUUGUUUUUUUCUUUGUGUGAAAAGUGUCUCCAAGUGAAAACCCAGUGGAACAUUACUAACGCCAUUGCUAAAAGAAGAAGUUGGCUCUGUCGCCCGCUUCCACCAUUGUGCUCUUUCUUUGUUGCAGAGAGUCCUCUUUAAAUUCAUUUUGUGAGUGAGACAAUAUUCCAAGAUUUGUGCUUGACUUUCUGUUGGUGUGUAAACUGUAUGUAUUCUGGUUUGUGCUGCUCUCUCUCCUUCUCCUGAAGAGAAGAGGCAGCCUGAUUCAAUAAAGUGGCCUAACACUAAAUCAAAAAUCAGAAAUCUGUUGGCUUUAGAGAGGCUAAUCAGCUAUCAACGGCUCUUUCAUAGUACUGCAUUGUGGUCCAAUCAAGGUGGGUCAGUCAGCACCAGAAAUACGUUCAUAUUGUCGUUGACAUGUUCAUCACGUGGUAAAUGCCAAUGAGUCAUUCUCAUUAUGCACAUUUGGGAAUUAAAUGUUAGACUCCUGUUUUAUGAGCAGGUACAUCAUGUUAGCUGUGUUUAGGCUCCUAGCCUUAGCCUUAUUCUGCCCUCAGUCUCAGAGAGAUGAAGAGGCUUUGGUGUAAUUUCAUUUUGCCAAUAAAGUUAUUUUUGAACUUCAUUAUCUAAGGGAUGACAAGUUUGUAUGGCGAACUGUAGCAAUACCUGAAUCAUUCUGGCUACUAUCGUUUUUUGCAAUAAGAAACUGAAAUGUGUAUGUGAGUACAACAUUAUAAAUGUAAUUUAAGUGAAAAAAAAUCUAUGGGUCUCAAGAGAAACCAUGAUGGUAAAAGUAAAUGUCAAUAAAAUAUUCAAUGUUAAA